AUGGCACAUCGGGUGAGGAAGACAUGGCUAUUGGCACUGGUGGCGGCCGCUUUGUGCCACUCAGCGCUUGUUCCGCUCUUUGUUCCCCCAGCGCGGGGACAUGUCAACUUUGAAAGCCCCACGAAGACAUCGUCCAUCUUACCUGCUGUACCAGCGAUGGCCAUGUUGACACCAUUGGCUGCAUGGGCAGAUUCUGAUGGCGAUUGGUUUGAGCCCUUCGUGAGCUUGAACGCUCAGAUCAUCGAAGGCAUUGACGGUGUCAUCGGCUCUGCGGGAUUUGCUAUUGUGUUAUACACGAUUCUGAUCAAGGUGGUGACAGCCCCCUUGCAGCAGCCAGCCUUGAGGACCUCAGCCUUGAUGCAAUUGCUCUCUCCUCAGACUGAUGAGAUUGAAAGGAAAUACCCCUUGGAUGAGGAGGGUCGGGGACGCACCUUGCGGGAACUCUACGGUAAAGUGGGUUUGAACCCUUUCGCUGCGUUCCUGCCGAUUCUGGUGCAGCUUCCGAUCUUCGUGGCGCUCUUUCGGGCCAUUGGUAAGCUGGCAUCCCAAGAUGACCAUUUCAAGGAGUCUUUCCUGUGGAUUCCCAGUCUCGCUGGGCCUGUGGAAAGUGGAAGGCCUAGCUUGGAUUGGCUACUCAAGACUCGCUACAGCGACCACUUCGAGCCUUUGGUCGGUUGGCAGGAUGCGGGCUUCUAUCUCAUUCUUCCACUGCUUGUUUUCCUCCUGCAGUUCUUCUCAAACAGGAUGAGCGCGGCUUCCAAAGAGACUGUGUCCGCGACUGCCCUGGCUCCAUUGUUCAUUGCAAUCUCCACAUUGGUCUCUCCUCAAGGUGUGGGGAUCUAUUGGUUUACCAACACCCUGUUGACAACUGUGCAGCUCAAGUUCACCCAGAACCAGGUGGCUGAGGAGUUUCCAGAGUACAAGAAAAUCAAGGAUGCUGUGGAUGCAGAACAAGAUGGCAUGAGAUACACGCGUAGCUCACCGUUCAAGAAAAACGAGCUGGUAGCCAAAUCCGUUGAAGAUUUGGAAGAUCCCCCACAGAAGAAGGCAGCAAAGCCAAAGUCUCGAAAUGCACGUCGGAAGAAGACAAAGGCUAGAAAUCGGCAGAGAGCAGGGCAGGGGGAGGCUGUUUGA